GAUAAUUCUGACUAAAACUACAGAAUAAAGCCGCCAGUUAAAAUCAAGGAACGGUUGUGCUCGUGGUUACUCAAGGGAGCUACAUACAGUGCUGAGUUAUUGUGAAGUAAAGUACAACAUGUAGCCGAAAGUUCACUGCUCACCUUUUUCAACUUCGUCAUUUUCCAUCGUCAUUUUCCAUUGAACAUAAAUGGAAAACCAUGAGGUUGAAAAAGGUGAACAUUGAACUUUCUGAUACAUGUAGCAAUCUUGACUAACUGUGGGUGUGUCACCAGUCUGUGCAUGUGUGUCUCCUGCCUGUGUGUGUUUUGUGUUUGUUUCCUGUGUCUAUGUCUGUACUUCUCAGCCCUGCUGACACAGGCGUUCCAGGACCAAUUGAUGGUAUUCACCCAGACUAAGAAGCAGGCCCACCGGAUGCACAUCCUCCUGGGCCUGAUGGGGCUAAAGGUGGGGGAGCUGCACGGGAACCUGUCCCAGACCCAAAAGACUGAAGAGCCCCAGGUGAUCAACUUCACCAUGCCCAACACAAUGAAGCACUACAUUCACAGGGUGGGCCACACAGCCAGAACCUGCAAGGUGGGUCGCUCUGUGUCCAUGGUGGGCGAGACAGAGAGGAAGAUGCUCAAGGACAUUGUCAGGAAGGCCAAGACCCCUGUGAAUUCCCGUGUCCUGGCACAAGAGGUGAUUUCAAAGUUCCGAGACCUGAUUGAGAAGCUGGAGAAGGACGUGUACGCCUCAGGCGCCUGGAGAGAGAGGAGAGGGCCAUGGCCUACUCGGAGGCUCAGAUCAGUGUGGCACAGAAGCAGCUAGCAUAAAACGCAGACGAGACAGACCUCCAGAGGACAUGGUUCCAAAUGCACGACGAGCGCAAGAAAGACCGCAGGGAGUACCGCAGACCAACACUUACUAUAGGCCUGCCAACCUUCCUACCAUGUUCCUCGCUGCUACUAGAUGGCAUGGAUGGAAAAGGAAAGAGUUAUCAGUACGAGUGCUCAUAUUAGUUCUCUGUUUGACUGGUACCAUACCAUGUUUUUUUCCUAGAUUUUUCUGUCAUUUUGUUCUGUAUAAUUCAAAUUAAUGUUAACAGAAUUCCCCAUCAACAGUGUUUCCACUCAGAAAUCUUUUACUUAUUCAUUUACACACUUUAUAGCAUUGAAACCAUUACAUUUGACUAAUAAUUUGCCAUUUAUGACCUCUGUACACUAGAUAUGGUAUUGAACUAAUUAUAAACUGGUAAGGGAUGCAACAGUUGAAAGUCCAACUCAGGCUAGCCAGCUCAAAUCUCCAAGCGAUCAGUUCUGUCAUAUAACUAAAUUACAUUUAUGUUUACUUAGCAAUCUUAGAGUAUCCUGUAGUUAUCCAGGUAUACAUCAGUCCAUAUUGUAAGGAGCCUUGUCCGAGCCAGAAUGGCCCAUAUGGUAGGAGCCUAUCCUCUGUCUGUAGCGCAAGGCAGCUUGAUGUACAAGUACACUUCCUGGAUAGGACGCUACUCUAUCUGAGCGUUAUUACUUUCACUCUGCAGUUGGAGCUAGAUAACCUUUUCUUCCCUAGUUGUCUCCACUGAAAUUCAAUUUGCUAGAGUGACAUUUAUUGUAUUGUGCACAUCUCUCUAUAAUUUUCGUAUAACAUACAACUACAUAAACAUUGUAAAGCAAAGCA